GCACCAUCUCGCCUCGCAUUCCCGAAAGGUUAGGGUUAGAACUUCUCCUUCAGUUUCCCUUUAUGAUCCAGCCCGUCCCCACGUUUGAUCUCGGCGUACUGUUGUGGGAGACGCUUGCGGACGAUUUCCCCCGGUUUUUGUUUGAAUUUCUCGGGCGCUGUUAUGUGCGGCGGCUAGAUCUGCUUGUCGCUGGUGCAGUAGGAGUUUCUCGCUCGGUUCCGAUCCUGAGAACCCGACCGCGCGGGUAUCUGUAUUCCUUGAUCAACAUGUCGCGGGAGGAGAAUGUUUAUAUGGCCAAGCUGGCUGAGCAAGCAGAACGGUACGAGGAAAUGGUUGAAUACAUGGAGAAGGUGGCUAAGACCACAGAUGUGCAAGAGCUCACUGUUGAGGAGCGUAACCUUCUAUCUGUUGCCUACAAGAAUGUGAUUGCGGCCCCCCGUGCCUCAUGGCGCAUUAUCUCCUCCAUCGAGCAGAAAGAGGAGUCCCGUAAGAAUGAGGAACAUGUUGCACAGAUCAAGGAAUACCGUGGCAAGAUUGAGGCUGAAUUGAGCAACAUUUGUGAUGGUAUCCUAAAGCUGCUUGACACGCACCUUGUGCCUUCCUCCACUGCCACAGAGUCGAAGGUGUUUUACCUCAAGAUGAAGGGUGAUUAUCACAGGUACCUUGCUGAGUUUAAGACUGGUGCUGAGAGGAAGGAAUCUGCAGAGAGCACAAUGGUAGCUUAUAAGGCAGCUCAGGAUAUUGCAUUGGCUGAACUGCCACCUAUUCAUCCCAUAAGGCUUGGACUUGCACUUAACUUCUCAGUUUUCUAUUACGAGAUUCAGAACUCUCCAGACAAAGCUUGCAAUCUUGCCAAGGAGGCGUUUGAUGAAGCUAUUUCUCAGUUGGACAUGCUUGGUGAGGAUUCCUACAAAGAUAGCAACUUGAUUAUGCAGCUCCUGAGGGACAACUUGACCCUCUGGACGGAGGACGGCAUUGAGGAGGGCUUAGAAUCCUCUAAGGGCGAUGCUGGUGAGGGUCAGUAGCCUGGUAAACUUAGAUUGAUGGUUCGACGUGUUUCUCAAGCACAUCGUGUUGGACGCCCAGUGCUGACAAAAGGCUUUUGCUGCUCCAUGCAUUCCAAGCUUCUGCCCCCUCGUUCGCACCCUCUUUAUGUUGUUGGCUGGUAGUGGUCAGAUUUAGUCCCAUUGGUUUAGUUGGCCCUGGGUCCAUCUGAACUGAUGUAUUGUUACUGCUAUGGAAGUCAUUCCUUUAGUUUUGCUCUGGCAGUGGAUUGCUGUUGGGUCGUGUUUUCAGUCUUUAUUGGUUCCGAUCGGACGCUGUUGCGGCAAACCACCCCUGUAGAUACUCUUCACAUGCUGAAGAAAACUACCAGCAGCCGUUUAGCCUGAAUAAUUGCUAAAUGAUAGGUUACCGUUGAGGCUGAUUGGUUUUUAUU